AUGUAUCUAGGGAUUUGGUUUAAGUACAAUUAAAGUAAGAGAAUUGGCAUAUGAAACAGCUAUUAUAAAUAACCUUCCAAUACCACAGAACUGGGAAGACAGUAAAAUGGCUGGUAUAGAUUGGUUUAAAGGUUUCAAGAAUCGGCAUACAAAUAUAUCAAUUCGAGUUCCAGAAGGCUGCAGUAUUGCUCGUGCUUCAGCAUUCAAUAAAAUAAAUGUCGACAAUUUUUUUGAUAAGCUGAAUGAAGUUCUCAAGAGGAAUUCUUUUAUGGAUGGAUCCAGACUUUACAAUAUGGAUGAAACUAGUACUAGCACAGUGCAGAAUGCCAGGAAAAUCAUCUGUCUCAAAGGUGUAAAACAAGUGCAUCAGGUAAAGAGUGCGGAGAGAGGUACUUCAGUAACAACCUGCUGUUUUAUUCGUGCUGGAGUAAUAAUACCUCCUGUAAUGAUUUUUCCUCGAAAAUACUUUAAGAGUAGUAUGAUAAUAAAUGCUUUUCCUGGAACUCUUGGACUAGCCAAUGAUAAAGGUUAUAUGACAAAAGAAACCUUCGUUGAUGUUAUGAAACACUUUGUGAAGUGUUCAAGUUCUUCUAAAGAAAAUCCCACCCUUCUUUUAAUUGAUAAUGUUAAAACUCAUUUGUCAGCCAGCGCUAUAAAUAUUGCCCGAGAAAAUGGAGUAACACUUUUCACUUUUCCUCCGCAUUGUACGCACAAACUCCAGCCUUUAGAUGUAGGAAUUUUUGGUCCUUUUAAGUUAUAUUAUGAUAAUGCAAUAAAUAGUUAGAUGAUGAGGAAUCCCGGAGUUCCUGUAACUAUUUACCAUAUAGCAGGAUUUGUGCGAGAAGCUCUAAGUAAGGCAGCUACUCCAUUAAAUAUUAUUGCCAGUUUUGAAAAGCCAGGCAUAUUUCCUUUCAAUCGAUUAGUAUUUCAAGAGUCGGAUUAUAUCAUGAAUAAAGUAACAGAACAACAGGCUCCAAAUGAAAGAGCCAACAAUCCAAAUGAACCUGAGACUACGAGCAACAAAAAUUGUGAUGAGAGUGUAGAGUCAUAUCAGGCUGAGACUAAUGAAGCAUUGAUAGUAGCUACUUCAGCACCAGAGACUUCAGACGUAAUAGUAAAGUCUACAGUCAAUAUUAGUAACUCAUUCAUAAGUACAGUAAAUUUUAAAGGCUACCCUAAAGUUCAGCCUAAACAGAAAUAUAGAAAACCCAGAAAAAAAGGAAAAUGUAUGAUUGCCACGGAUACUCCAGAAAAAAAUAAAAUACAAGAACAUGAAGAGCAACAGAUAAAGAAGAAACAGAAGACUGAACAGAGGAAAAGACAGCGAGAAAGUAUUAAGGAAAAAUCAAAAAAGGUUCAAGUAAAGAAAAGAAAAUAUGAAGAGAAGAAAGUACAAAGAAUUUUAGAUUUAUAAAAUAUUAAAUAAUCUAUUGUAAGUUCUAAAAUAGGUUUAUAGUGCAAGAAAAAUGAUAUGUUGUGUGAAGAAGAUAAUGUUGAGCUGAGAACUAAAUGAAUAAUUGUGAUUUUUAAUAAGAAAUACUAGUCUACGACUGUUAUUUUCUUGUAAUGUUAGAUUGAUUAAAAUUAAACAUUUAUUGUUAAAAGGCAA